GAAAAACGGAAAAACCUUCAGAUGCCGUCAAAAAAGAAUGGAAAAACGCGUCGUAAGCCCACGAAUGCAUACACCAGAUUCUUUGAUGCCCAGAAGAGCCUGCCCGUGCGUCGCGAGAGCGUCUACGUCCUGUCCAAACAGCAACGGCAGGAGCAGGAGCAGCAGCAAUCCAGGCAGAUCAAACUCUUGCCCGAUUGCAGGCCGCAUGCCAAAGGCAGACCCGUUUGGCCUCCCCGCAACGAUGUGGAUCACUUCAUGGUCGUCACCGAGGAUCAUACACAGAGCGGGCAGCAGCAGCAGCAGCUGAGCAGUGGCGCACCGCAGCUGAGCAGUGGCGCACCGCAGCUGGAUGCCAUCUGCUAUGAUGUGAUGCGAGAGCCACUGCCACCCAUCCACAUGGAGGGCACCGACAUAGUGCCCACCAUUCGGGGCACAAGGCUCAGCAUUUGUGCGGAGCACACACACUUUCCGCUGGUGUCGCGGAUAGCGCGCAGCAUGGGCUUUCAGCAGGUGCCCGAGCAUCGUUUGUGGAAUGUUCAGUGGACCGACUGCACGCCCCAUCACGAUCUGCUGCGUGGCAUGAAGCGCUUUCAGCAAAUCAAUCACUUUCCCGGCAUGAUGGAGAUUUGCCGCAAGGAUCUGCUCUCCCGAAAUCUCAAUCGUAUGCUGAAAAUGUACCCUGGGGACUAUCGCAUCUUUCCCAAGACCUGGCUAAUGCCCACAGACGCCUACGAUGUGGCCACCUAUGCCAGCAAACAUAAGCGCACCUACAUCCUCAAGCCGUACUCCUCGGGACGUGGACGCGGCAUUUGGAUAACACCCGAUCUGAAGACUGUCAGCAAGCGGGAGAAGCUCAUCUGUCAGACAUACAUCGAGCGGCCUCUGCUCAUCGAUGGCUUCAAGUUUGAUCUGCGUGUCUAUACCCUGAUCACCUCGGUGGAUCCGCUGCGCAUCUUUGUGUACAACGAGGGACUGGCUCGUUUCGCCACCCACAAGUAUGUGGCACCCACACUGGGCAACAGCCACAACGUGUACAUGCAUCUGACCAACUACAGCCUGAAUCGCCGCAACUCCAACUACAAUGUGGGAGAGGGUGCGGAUGGUGGCUCCAAGCGGAAGCUGAGCGCCUUCAACAAGUGGCUGCUGGAGCACAGCUAUGAUGUGGCCGAGUUCUGGGCCUCCGUGGACGAUGCCAUCAUCAAGACAAUCAUCAGUGCGUGGCCAGUGCUGAAGCACAACUAUCACGUGUGCUUUCCCCGUCACGACAAGAUUCAGGGCUGCUUUCAGCUGCUUGGAUUUGACAUUCUGGUGGACUGGAAGCUGAAACCCUACAUCCUAGAGGUGAACCACACGCCCAGUCUGAGUGCGGACGAGUUGGUUGACAAGGAGGUGAAGCGUGCGCUCAUACGGGACACGCUCAAUCUGCUCACAACGGCCCUGGUCGACAAGGAGCAGAUCAUCCGUGACGAUCGCUUCGAACAUCGCACACGGCUGCUGCGAAAAGUGUACCAGAACAAGAGGGGCAUGCCCCAGGGCACGCCUGGUUCCUUUCCCAGCCCGGGCCGCGAGGCGGGCGGCUGUGAGACGCCCAUGGCACAGGCCUGCUCCAUCGGUGCUUUGGCCCAGCAGAUCGCCUGGGAGGAGAGCCAUCUGGGCAACUAUCGGCGCAUUAUGCCGCCCAUGGACUCCGAUAGGGUCAACUACUACUGCAAGUUCUACGACCAAACCAAGCACCAGACACUCUUCGCCAACACGGAGUCGAGUCGGCGGCGGGAGCAGCUCGCCCACAAGGCCAUGCAGCGGCAGUACAGGGAGAAGCGGCAGCAGGAGGUGCUCAAGCAGCGCAAACAGCAGGAUCCUUUGCUGACCAUCAGCCCCGUUGUGCUGCAGUCGCGUCGCCGCAAGGAGGAGUUUGAGGCACAGCGAUGCAAGCAUCGUGCCCUCAUCGCCCGGGAGAUCUACCGCCAGCGGGAGCUGCUGCUGGCCCCCACCUGCGCCAAGGAGCACUUGGGCAUCUGGCAGUCGGUGGUGAAGAUUCCCAAAAUGGAGGAAAGGCCACGUGUUCGGGUUGUACGGUGCACCAGUGGCGUCUGCAGGCCACUGCGGCGCAAGCAACUUCGCAACGUCAGCCGUCGGGUGCGACAGCAGCGCGAGAUGGAGCGUGAGGCACGGGAGGAUACACGUUUCGUGGAGCAGCAUGCCAUGAAGCAGAGUCCUCCAUGCCAGGGUGGCACCUCCCAGCAGUCAGUUGCGAAGAAAAGGUCCCGCAGCCAAACACUGAUCUGCCGUUCAAUGGACAAAUGGGCGCCGGGCACGAUCAGCGAUGGUGAGCAGCAGGAGCACAGCAUUUGGCUGCAGGAACGCACCAAGCAACUGAAUGGCUCCAAUCUACGGGAGAUGAUCUUCUCGAAAAUGUAUCAGCAGGGACAUCUAACGAAGAAUGACAUCAAGCGCUUCCCGGAUCUGCUUUUCCAUAUGCUCAGCACUGGUGUGCCCACAGCCGACACACCCUGAUCUCACCUUUCGUUUCUCUUUUUUUCUCAGUGUAACAUUUAUCAU